AUGUCGAUAUUGACGAGGUUUCAUGCAGGAUACUUCAGGAUUUCCCUGUCCCUAGGGCUCCAGGCCCUGCUAUGGAAAGUCCUCCUGCAGUUGCACUCCAAGGACGCCGCAUUUCAGGGGUCCGGGACGAAGCCCAAGGCGUUGUACGCCACCAUUGUGGCGGUCCUGUGGUGGUUCUCGGUGGUGGUCCAGGUGGUCCUGUCCCUUCUCUACGCGCUCAAGUGCUUCCUCUGCUUCAACACCAUAAAGGCCGAGUUCAUGCACCACGUGGGGGUAAAUUACCUUUUUGCCCCGUGGAUAUCGUGGCUCUUCAUCCUCGAAUCUGCGCCGUUCGUCACUCCCAACCACAUCUGCUUCGUGGUGUUCUGGUGGGUCUUCGCGGUCCCGGUCGUGGUCCUGGACGUCAAGAUCUACGGCCAGUGGUUCACCAAGGGUAAGCGGUUCCUCACGGCGGUGGCCAACCCGACCAGCCAGCUGUCGGUGGUCGGAAACCUCGUCGGCGCCAGAGCCGCCGCCAAGAUGCGGUGGCAGGAGGUGGCGCUCUUCCUGUUCUCGCUAGGAAUGGUGCAUUAUCUCGUCCUCUUCGUCACCCUCUACCAGCGCGUCGCCGGCGGCCACGUCCUCCCGGCGAUGCUCCGGCCGGUGUUCUUCCUCUUCUUCGCCGCCCCUGGCGUCGCCAGCCUCGCCUGGUUCUCCAUCUCCGGCAGCUUCGACACUGCCUCCAAGAUGCUCUUUUUCCUGUCCCUCUUCAUGUUCGCAUCUCUGAUUUGCAGACCGUUUAUGUUCAAGAAGGCGAUGGAGAGGUACAACGUGGCGUGGUGGGCGUACUCGUACCCGAUAACGAUGUUGGCUUUGGCUUCGACGAGAUACGAGGAGCAAGUCAAAGGAGGCGUCCCUCGCGCCAUACGACUCGCGCUCUCUAUCCUCUCGGUCCUGGUCCUCAUCACUCUCCUAAUUUUUACGGCAGCUAAUCCCAAGUUGCUGUUGCCCGACCACCACCAUGACCACGACAACCUGCGCCGUCUGCCAAUUACCCACUGUCCGAAACCUACUCCUACUCCUACUCCUACUGCUACUGCUACUGCGCUCCAAAAAGACACAAACGUCGAAGGCACAUAA